AGGCCACUUUGGACUCUGCACCCUCGGGUGUGUGCGUCCUGCUUCCUGGCGGGCUGUUCAGUCCUCCUCCACUCGUCCAUGGAGGGGGCCAGGCCCCCAUCGCCAGGAGAUGGGCUGGAGCUCUCGGCGCUCCAAGGGCAGCCAGACGAGCAGACGCCUCUCAAUGGAGCCGUCCAGGGCUUCCAUUCUUCGACCGAGGAGCCCUGCCCAGCCCAGGCUGACCAGGAAAGCCCUUGGAGCGCCUGUAAUAGGACUUUGAUUGGAAGAUGCAAACUGUGGAUGGUCCUGGCCUCCAUUUUCCUGGGUUUCAUUAUAGUCAUCAUCAUAAGCUUAUGUCUUAUGGGAGUGACUUAUGUCGAUGAAGAUGAAAAUGAUACAUUUGAAUUAUCGUCAAGUAAAACAUUCUUACUGGUGCUAAAGCUUCCAGAAGAAUGUGUCACUGAAGAGGAAUUGCCUGACUUGCUCACGGAAAGGAUCACAGAUGUGUACAGUUCAUCACCAGCUCUGAGCCGUUAUUUUACUUCUGCUGAACUGAUGGACUUCAGUGGUGAAAACGCCACAAUAACCUAUCAACUGCAGUUUGGGGUUCCGUCGGAAGAGGACAGUUUUAUGAAGUAUAUGAUGAGUGAGGAGUUGGUGCUGGGUGUUUUACGCCAGGAUGUCCAUGAUCAGAGUGUAUCUGGCUGUGAGACGCUGGGGCUUGCUCCAGGGUCCCUCUUGCUCUAUGAUCCCACAUAUGAGUGAUGUCAUAUGAAUGAAGUGGUGGAGGCCGACCUUUGUCUGGAAGCAGUGCUCCAUUGAGUUUUGGGAUGAAGAGAAUUCAUUCCAUUUUCCAGAAAGGAUCCUGUGAAUUAACGUAUAAGGACUCACAAUGACUGGAGGGGUGGAGACGGUCCUCCUUCUCCUGAUUCUGCACAGUUACGGAGUCUGGCCCUACGUCCAGCAGAACAGCCCCCGAGCGCUGCCCCGGCUGGGUCCAGUCUCGACAAAGGCACGAAGCCAGAUGGGGCGGGGGUGGGGGGACGAGGUGGCAGGUGAGCCUUGCAGUGGGAGGUUCCUGCUGUUCUUGAAGCCCUAGCUGCCUCUACCCACAUGUGGACACUUUCUCUUUGGUGUGAAGGUGGCCUUUUCCGGCAGGACCCCACCAGCCUAAGCUGGUGGAGAACAGAGGCAGGCAGGUGGCGAGGUGAGGCAGAGCCCAAGCGAUCACUUGCUGAAAUCCGCCUCCCACCUGCGCCCUCCCACCAUGACGUUUGAUCUACCUCUGAGCAAGGCUGUGAGGGAAAGGCAGGCACCUCCGCAGACGUAAGCGGCUUCGCUGUGUCUGCUUCCAUGACCGGUAGCUGCAUCUCUUAGCAGACCAGCCUUAGACACGUCAUCCAAUGUCACUGUGUGAUAUGGAGCUACAGAAGGAGGUGUAUGUUUCUUCAUUUCAUCUUCUCUUCAUUGUUCCUGUGACCUCUGAACACCUCUUUUGGAAACAUGGGCCCCUGUGAGUUUGGAACACACUACUCUCCCCAUUUAUAUUGUCACCAGCUUCCAUCGGAGAGUCUUUAAGACUGCUUCCCACCUGCUGUAGAUCGCACAUGUUGGCUUUUUGUAAAUGUCCGGCGUUCUUAGCCUUCCUGUGGGACUCAGUGUCUUCGGGCCUUGGCUGUGUGUCUUAUUGAAGAAGGUCGUGAAACAGGAAGACCCACUCUCGUUUGAAAUAAACUGUGGGAAAUGUAGUGCCAGGGCCUCUGGGGGGCCGGGGUGGGGACUGCACAACAGCAACAGUUUCGGUCAUCUCCAGAGAGAGCACUGCCUGCCGUGGGGGAAGAGAGUAUUUUGUUGGGAAAACUACUUUGCUGGAAAUUUUCCAGGAGAGUUUUGUAGUCAUGUGACGAGAGGUUCCUGGCCUCAGUAUCUUGGCUAAAUUGGCCCUGGGGGGACGUCGGGGUGGGGGCCGCUGUGUGCGGGGAUGUGUCCGCAUGCAUGUCUCAGGCCAGGUUUGCCUUGAGCUCUUUAUGACCCAGGACUCUGGAUAAUGUGGAUUUGCUUUCUUAUUUAACUAGAAGAUACAUUUAUUGUAACUCGAGUCUCAUUUUGAGGAUAGUUCCUCAAACUAGUCAGACAGAUGAAUUUCUCUUCCUUCUGUUUAUUUUUUACAUGUCAGACGUAAACUUCCGUGUGUUUGUACUUUUUAGAAAAUAAUAACUUCAGUGGAUGAGGAUUUUAAAAUAUUGACAAUAAAUUAUUUUUGCCUCUGCA